UUUCUGUGUCCUACCAAACACACAUCAGUUUUCUCACAUGACAAUCUAUGUGUGGAGUUCACUUCACUGACGGAAGAAAGUGGAAAAUAUGUCUUUGUCUUAUAUUCUUCUCAUUUAUGUUGCCGGUGUUGCGGUAAAAGAAAGUUGUGCAGAUUCGGUUCCCACUCCCACUAUUGUAUUUUCCCCUGAGUACAUCAAAGUAGCUACAACAGUUACAGUACGCUGUGAGUCACCAGAAGGCACAGAGUGCAUUUUCUACAGAGAUCACCACCCCAAACCUAUAAGAACAGUGGAUUACAAGCAGGGUGCUUGCCAGUUCAAGUUGUUGUGGAAUGAGUUCAAAAAGUGGAACAAGACUGAAGUAGAUCUCAGCUGUGUAAUUCUACAGAACAGAGAAGAUAAAUCGAUUAAAACCUUAAAACCUAGUGAUGCUCGAAGACUUAAAGUGAGUGAUCCAAUUGGAAAGCCCAGUGUUCAUGUGGAGAAGACUGGGAAUUACCUCAAUCUUCGAUGUGAGGCCAAGGCUGGCACCUCAUGCUACUUUUAUCUGAACAAUGGUGACUCACACUUCAAAAAACUACCCUACAAAGACAAUGUCUGUGUGGGGAGAGUGGCAGAAGAGGAACUGCAGAGGAAGAGGAGCAGUGUUGGAGAGAUCUUCAUCACCUGUGCUGUGGAGCUGGUGGUAGAAGGUGAAGAUACUGUGACAUCACAGCAUAGUGAACCCCUCGGUAUCACCAUAGAUGGAGCUACUAGUUCCCCAUCAGUGUUCAGUUUAAUCAUAACUGGUCAGGAGGAGACAAGCAGCAAUGUCACAGCCCAAGGAAGAGAAUCCGUCUCAGUGAUCCCCUUCUACCAGUACACCAGUCUUCGUGCUGUUGUCUAUGUUAUCAUUCUGCUGAUGGAAUCUGUUCUGUGUCUUCUCUGGUAUAGACGUGGUGCAUGCCUUCUCAUACUCACACAAAUUGUAACGGAUGUAGGAACUUCAUUUGAUUACUCUUUUAUUUCUGAGAAUUUUACUGCACAGCAGGAAAUGCAAACUUGCAGUGCAUUUGAGCAUUAA